AUGCAACUUGCUAUUCGUCAAGAAGAUGCUGACAUCUUGUUAAAACAAAAGAAUGUUUUAGAAGAAUCAGUUGUUGAAAAAUAUAGAGUUGCUGGACAAAUAACUCAAACAGCUUUAGCUUAUAUUACUUCAUUAAUUAACAGUUCAUAUCAUUUACAAACAACUCCAAAAUUAACAGUUCAACAAUUAUGUUUAUUAACUGAUUCAUUUUUAAUGAAAUUAUUAUCUCGUCAAUAUGUCAAUAAAGUUAAUGAAAAAGGUAUUGCUCAUCCAACCACUAUAAAUGUUAAUCAAUUAGUUAAUGGAUUUUCGCCUGAAAUUGAUGAUGAAAGAGAAUUUUUUUUUAAUGAAGGGGAUGUUUUAACUAUUAGUUUAGGGGUUCAAAUUGAUGGUUAUACUUCUCAAGUCAGUCAUACUUUAGUUAUUUAUCCACCAUCAUCAGAAGAUAAAUCAAAACCAGCAGGUCCAUUAUUAGGAAAUAAUGCUGAUGCAUUAUGUGCUUGUCAUCUUGCUACUGAAUCAGUUGUUGUUUUAUUAGGAUGUGCAUUAUCUCCAGAAAAAUUACCAGCAUACUUGAAAAAUUCAAAUAAUACCAUCACUGGUACUCAAAUUCGUCAAUUGGUUGAUGCUAUUGCUGAUUCAUUCAAUUGUAUUGUUGUUCCAGGUUCUAAGAUUAGAAGAGUUAGAAGAUUUUUGGCUGGUCAAGCUGAAGGUAUUGUUGCUGAACGUGAUUUCAAAGGUGUUGUUUGGGAUGAAUCUCAUCAAGAAGCUCGUUUAUUGAAACAAUCCAGUAGUAAUUCUACUGAUUUAAUAUUAUCCCUUGAAACUAAUAAACCAGUCAACACAAACAACUCAUCAGCUAUUCCAACUGAUGAUUUUGUUGUUGUUCCAGGUGAAGUUUAUCAAAUUGAUAUCCGUAUGGCUGGAUUAUCUGAAGUUAAUGAAGUUGGUAUUGUCACCACUGAAGAAAUUGAUCAUUUCACUGGUAAAAACAAUAAGGAAAAUGAUUUCAAUAGUAAAAGUUCUAUAUUUAUUCGUGAUUUUGCUGUUACUCAUCAAUUAAGAUUGAAAACUUCCAGAAAAUUAUUGGGAGAAAUCGAUAAGAAAUUUUCAGUUUAUCCAUUCAAAUUAGAUUAUGCUAGUAAUAGUUUCCCAAUCAAUUUGGAAGGUUCAGAAGAUGAUAUCAAAGCUCAAAUUAUGGCAAUUACUCAAGAUAUGAAAUCUAAUAGAUUAGGUGCUGCUGAAUUGAGUAACCGUCAUUUGAUUCAACCUAAACCAAUUCAAGUUACUAAAUUCAUUCCAUUGAAAGAAAUCUUGUUAAGUGCUAAUCCUACUGGUAAACAUGGUAUUGAUGCCGCAAAACCUGUUUUACCAGGUAUGGAAAUCCCAUUACCAAACUUGGGUGUUUCUUCAUUGAAAUUGAAAGCAUUAUUGAAAACAGGUGUUAAUAUCAGUAAUGUCAGAGAAUCCACUACUGUUGCUAUUAAUGAAAACAAUCAAGAAUUGAUCAGAUUAACUGGUGGUGAAUCCACUUGUAAAUCUAAUUGGAUCCACUCACAAUACAAAUUACCAAAUGAAUUGAAUGAAACCAUAAGUCAAUUAGUUCAAUUGAGUCAAGACAAGAGAUUUGGUAUCAAAAUCAAAGAAGUUGUACCUUAUAAGAUGCAACAAACUAAUAUGGCUGUAGAAUCCAUGCAAAUAGAUUAG